GGUUCAGCGGGCUCCGCUACUAGGUGCCGGGCCGCCGCCGCGAUAGUUUUUGUAGCUUCCCGCGCGGGCGCCGGCGCUGCCAACUGAAGGCGGGCGGAGCUGCGCGCGAUUAAGUCCGCUCGGGCGCAGGGGCGGGGCGGAGCAGGGCUCGCCGCCCCUCCCCUCAGGCGACUGCGGCUGGGUGGUGGUUUCCCGCGUGAACUCACAGCAAGCGAGGCUCCACCGUCAUGAAGGUGAAGAUUAAGUGCUGGAACGGCGUGGCCACUUGGCUCUGGGUGGCCAACGACGAGAAUUGCGGCAUCUGCCGGAUGGCCUUUAAUGGCUGCUGCCCGGACUGCAAGGUGCCAGGCGACGACUGCCCGCUGGUGUGGGGCCAGUGCUCACACUGCUUCCAUAUGCACUGCAUCCUCAAGUGGCUCAACGCACAGCAGGUCCAGCAGCACUGCCCCAUGUGCAGGCAGGAGUGGAAGUUCAAGGAGUAAGCCGCCCCUGCACAGGGCCGUCCCUGGGCGAAGACAGGGUGAGAUGAGGACUGGAGCUGCGUUGUCCCUGCCACCGCAGCGCUGACACUUUUAUCCAAUAAAAAAAGCUCAUUAAACCGCCUGCGCCUCGCCGGAGGCCUCUGGUUGCCUGUUGUCUUGGCGCUGACGUGGCCUCCGUGUGCUGUGCGUUGAUAUGAAAAGUCAUGAAUAAACAUCUCUGCAGUA